CCUCAGACCCAGACAGCUAGCCUAUCACUGAAGACGAGGUUGUUGCUCACAUCCAGGAUAAAGUGACCACCAUGCCCGUCUACCAAUAUCAGACACUCAAGCCGGGCUACAUCCGACUCAUCGAGUUGCUGCCAGGCCGAGCUGACGACGCUCUAGCCGGCGAGCUCAUUGAAGUCUUCCUCCACGAGUACGAAUCCGAUUCGACGAGCAGCAGCAAUGGCGCGUGUCGCUCAUUCGAGGCGCUUUCAUACGUUUGGGGCAGCGACGCAAAACCACACAACCUCAUCUCGUCGAGCGGCGGGGGUGCUCUACUGCCCAUGACGGCAUCGCUCCACGGCUUCCUAGUCCGGUUGCGAUAUUCUGACCGGCAACGCCUGGUCUGGGCCGACGGCAUCUGCAUCAACCAGAACGACACGCGGGAGAAGGAACAGCAGGUUGGUCUCAUGGCUAGGAUCUACCGCAGUGCCAGCAGAGUUGUCGCGGACCUAGGUGGCGAGGCCCCAUCGCCUGCCGACAGUGAGCAACUCGGCCGCUUCAUCGACGGGUGCUUGCGCUCUUUGACCGGCCGUGGUUUACGAGGUUAUGGAUCGUCCAAGAAGCACACAGGCGCUCAAACCAGUCCGACUACCGUUGGAAACGCUAGCGUGAUCUUCCGUUCCGUUUUGUGA